AUGAAAUUCCUGAUUCCCCUCGUCUGUUUCGUCACCCUCGCUUUGGGUUCGUUUUUUGAGAAUUUUUGGAGUCCAGGCCUAGAAAUUUUGAAUUCACCAAGUAGCCUGUAUAGUCUCUCAAUUCAUAGAAAAAAAUUUAAAAAAAUAAAAUUCAGAAAAAGUUAUGAAAAAAAUUAUUUUUCCAAAUGAAGAGUUAGUGAUAAGUUUACAUUGAUUUGGGCUCCUUUUUUUAAAAAAAUUUCAGAAAAAAUUUUUUUUUCCAAGUGAAAAUUUAGUGAUAAAGUCACCAUAUUUUUUUGACUGCGUUUUUUUCAAAGAUUUAUAAAGUCCAGGCCUAAAAUUUUUAUAUGUAAUGAGUAGCCUGUAUAGUCUCUCAAACCAUAGAAAAAAAUUGUUGGAAAUAUAUAUUUUUGAAAUAAUCAAAAAAAUCAAGCUUCAAGUGCAAAGAUAUCACAGAAAAAUAUGGAUUUUUUUGAUCGAUUUUUCCCAAAUUUUCAUAGUUUUUCUUUUCCAAGUUUUAUUCUCGAUACUCUUUGAUAAUUUACCAUCAAAUUUGAGUUUAGAGUUUUUUUCGAAGUAAACUCUAUUAACACGCUGUCUCUGUAAUUUUUCAAAAAAGUUUCAAAAGCAACGGGUACAAAAAAAUUUUUAUUUUUUUGAUUUUGAUGAAACUUCAUCCAGUGUGAUAACCCAUCAUCAGAAAUGCGGACGCAACUUUUUGAGCCAUUUCCUCUUACUGUAGCCGGAUUACGGUAGGCAGGUGGGCACCUGCGUAUCUAAGUAUAGAAGAGUUAUUACUAGGCAAGUGAUAUAUCAAUCGAUAGGUAAUCAAAUUUUAUGAACUUUUUUAGUACAUACCAUCUUGGGUUACUGUAGGAAUUUUCGAGUUACGGUAAUUUUUGUGUUUGGAAAGUCGGUUUUUUGGUCACCCUGGUCGUGGGCAUAGAAUCGCAUCGUAAUUACUUAUAUGGAAUAUGUCUUGUAGUAUGUUCUAAACAAUGCCACAAAAAAAAGUUCGAAUUUCUAAACCCGUCAUCUCGAGAUUUCACUCCGAACGCGCGCAACUUGGCACUUGGCGGCGAGGGUUGGUCGUGGUUGACGAUUUUUCACAUUUUUUUCUUCUGUUAGAUAUUGGUGUAAAACUUUUUUUAGAUUAUAACUACAGUAUGUUUUUGUAACAUUCAAAGUGGUUUGAAGAGAUCUGUACGCUACAUAUUUGGCCGAAACUUUGUUUUGAGCUCUAUUUUCGCUUGAAAAAAAGCGCGAUUCGCUCUGAAAAAGAUUGGUUUUUAAAAAUUUCCGACAAUCCCGCAGUUUCCAAAGCUAUUAAAUAUGUAACUGACAUCUUCUAGGUUACAAUUGAUAUAGUUUUGUACUAGAACAGGUAAACAUUUAUGAGACUUUGCUUGACUUUUAUCGAACCCGUCUAGCCUAAAGCUGCUUUUGAACCCUAUUUUGGCUUCGUCGGUGGGUCUGAGGCUGGAUUUUUGAGCUUCGUAGCUAUUUUCUCAUUCGUACAUCGCAAGAAGUAACGUUUUCAUGCAAAAAAAAGUUGAACAGAAAUUCAGCUGCGAGAAUUUCGCCAGCUUUAGGCUAGACGGGUUCGAUAAAAGUCAAGCAAAGUCUCAUAAAUGUUUACCUGUUCUAGUACAAAACUAUAUCAAUUGUAACCUAGAAGAUGUCAGUUACAUAUUUAAUAGCUUUGGAAACUGCGGGAUUGUCGGAAAUUUUUAAAAACCAAUCUUUUCAGAGCGAAUCGCGCUUUUUCAAGCGAAAAUAGAGCUCAAAACAAAGUUUCGGCCAAAUAUGUAGCGUACAGAUCUCUUCAAACCACUUUGAAUGUUACAAAACAUACUGUAGUUAUAAUCUAAAAAAGUUUUACACCAAUAUCUAACAGAAGAAAAAUGUGAAAAAUCGUCAACCACGACCAACCCUCGCCGCCAAGUGCCAAGUUGCGCGCGUUCGGAGUGAAAUCUCGAGAUGACGGGUUUAGAAAUUCGAACUUUUUUUUGUGGCAUUGUUUAGAACAUACUACAAGACAUAUUCCAUAUAAGUAAUUACGAUGCGAUUCUAUGCCCACGACCAGGGUGACCAAAAAAACCGACUUUCCAAACACAAAAAUUACCGUAACUCGAAAAAUUCCUACAGUAACCCAAGAUGGUAUGUACUAAAAAAAGUUCCUAAAAAUUUGAUUACCUAUCGAUUGAUAUAUCACUUGCCUAGUAAUAACUCUUCUAUACUUAGAUACGCAGGUGCCCACCUGCCUACCGUAAUCCGGCUACAGUAAGAGGAAAUGGCUCAAAAAAGUUGCGUCCGCAUUUCUGAUGAUGGGUUAUCACACUGGAUAAAGUUUCAUCAAAAAUCAAAAAAAUAAAAAUUUUUUUUGUACCCGUUGUUUUUUUGACAGUUACAGAGACAGCGUGUUAAUAUUGAACUUAUCUAAUUUUUUUAAUAACCUUAAAAAUUAUUUUGAGACUUGAAAAAUUGUUUUUGAACUUUUUCGCCUCAAAACAAGAACAUUCCAAAAAUGGGAUGUUCUUUUUUCCGUUUUUAAAUGACUUUUAAAAUGAUUGGUUCGGAAAUAAGAACGAGAAAGAUAGCGUGAGGACUCAUUUUAGAAUGGAAAACAAGAAUUUUCGGACGAUAUUGGUUUCAGAAAAAUAUUUGGAAUUUUCUGGGAAAGUAGCUUUUUUCGACUAAAAAUCUCCUUGAAAAUCAAUUUUUCGGUAAAUUUCCUUGAGAAUCAACCCUCUGCAGGAUACCGUAUGAAGCUCUCGGUUUUUCAAAAUCGCUUCGAGACCAUUUUUGGGACACUUCACUGAUUCUUUGAUGUUUUUUCAAGCGAAAAUAGGAUCCAAUUGGUUUUUAAAGUUUAAAAAUGACAUCUGAAAAUUCCGUCAGAGAAAAAAAAAUAAUAAAUUUUGGACAAUUUUGAAUUUCGCGGGCUAGCACUCACAAGGAAGGCCAAUUCACUUUCCGCUUGGGAAUUUCCUGAAAAUUGGCCAGAAUAUUCUUUGAUGCACUAAAAAGAAAUUCUUAAAAUCUCAACCUGCGAAAAUCUCUGGUUUUCGAGAAAUAAAGGCUCAAAGCUCAGAAAUAGCCUGUUUUAACAGAUUUUGAAGCGUCUUAUUUCAAAAUCUAAGAAAUUCUGUAGGUUGAAACUCCCAGAAUCUUCUUCUAGUACAUCCAGAAGUGUUCUGGCCGCUUUUCAAAAAAAUCCCAGCCAAAAAAGUGAAAUGACGUCAGAGCUGAAGAAUCAACAUGUUUUAAUGAUGAAACGCGCAAGUCGCUUCGGGUCGGGCGCAUUCUCUUUUUCAUUUUUCCCUUGUAAGAAGAAUCCCGGAACCAUCCGGAAGAAACCUCAAAUAAAAUUAUAUAUUUCCCAUCCCAAAAAGGAGUGUUCUAUUUGGGAUGACCUCCGACGUCAUCAUUUGACCCGUCCGACUCAAUUUCACUCAAAAAACUCGUCUCAGACAAAGAUACGACACGUUUUUCCCGCUCACAAAUGCAUCUACAAAGUCUGCUCAGUUGCUGAAAAACAAAAAUAUUUUUUUUGAUGAAAAAAAUAUGAUAUUCAUAAAAAUGUUCGUUAGUGAUCUUUGAGUCACUCUGGAGCUUAUAAACUUUCGGCACUUUAUUGGGAAAAUUCUAGUGGCCACUUAAGAGGUUCCUUAAAGACCACUUGGAGAGGACACUAAAGUGGCCAUAAGAUGAUCUCCAUAUAAGCCAAUUUUCGCGUCUUAGUGGUCACUAUAGUAGUUUUUAGAGGUCUAGUGACUGCUAUAGUGGCCACUGAAAUAUCAAAUCCCUCAAGUGGUCACUUAAAAUUAUUUAUUACUAUGCUUUUUUCAACUCAAGUGGCCACUAAAACGUCAAAACUCUUAAGUGACUACUUAAAUUUUAUAAAUAGCUUGUUUUUCAAGAAAAGUAGCUGAAUUAUACGAGAAAAAGAUCAGGGAAUGGUAAGGGAAAUAGUGUGUGUCAAUGAGAGAGCUCUAGAGUAAGCUGUGGAUUUUUUUAACGCUACAAAAUGCUCUGGUCGCAAGUGGAAUGGCCUAAAGCGUCGCGGUCGCGUCGAAAGCCGAAUAUUUUAAGCUUUGGCGCAAGUCGUUUCUAGUCGGGCGCAGCGACCACUACGCCUUGAAACACUCCACAUCCAUACGUAAAAAAAACCUGUUUUUCGGUCAAACAAGCCUUAAAAAUUUAAAAAACAGCUAUUUUAUCGAUUUCAGGAGCGCCAGCCCAAACCGGUGAACAACAGCAAAGAAAUCUGGCUCUGGAGCUGGCCCAGCUCAAACAGCAGCUCGCCAGCCUUGAAAGACAGUAUUCUGCGGUUCGUUUUGUGAUUUUUAACCUGAAAACUACUGAAAAAGAGAAAAAAAAGAUUUUUUUCUACAAAACAUCUCAAAAUACUUCAAAAAUUAAAAAAAAAAAUGUUUUCUACACAUAGGCCAUUUUUUCAAUAAAUCUUAAAAUAUGUUUUUUACAGUGUUCGAUAAAGGAAGUUGUAUAUAUUCUUAAUUCGUUUAGUUUUUGAAAAAAGGUUCAUUGAGAAAAAAGUUAUGGCCAAAAAAGUGGCGUUAAACUGAACGCGAAAUUCCACGGUUGCCGCACGCUGUUUUAAAAUUCAUUUCGCGCAUUUCAAGACCGUUCUCUAAUCAAUUUUCUGUUGCUAAACGUAAACUAGACUGUGCUGAACAUAAUUUUUAACUUAUCGCAUAACUUUCACUACAAAAAUUAAAUACAAAAAUUGAAAUAAACCUUCCAAAAAACCUGAAAAAUUUUGAUUUCAAAGUUUACUGUUUUCUAAACUUUUCCAAAAGUAUUUCCCAACAACAGCGUGUACCAGAAAAACAAAACUAACUUCAAUUUAUUUUUAGAAAAAAACAUAAAAAAACCGAUGAUUUGAAUUAAAUUUUUUUCAAAAAAAUUUUUGAGGUUAAAACGCGCCAAGUAGCAGAAUGACGCAAUCUUACACCCAUACGCGCAAAAAUUUAAUUCGGAAAAAAAGGGGGAAAAUGUCUGUUCAAACGAAUCAUUAUUUUUUUAAACCAGAAAUCUCUUAUUUUUUUUCUUUAAAAACUAUAAAGUGACAGAUAAAAAAACUUCAAAAAUGAAAAAAAUUAACCUUUUUUUGCACAUUUCUCUACCGGAACGUACCGAAAAACCCCAAAAAAAUCUCAUGAUCACUGGAAAAAAAUGGCAUCAUAAACCCAGACCAAUAUCGUCAUGAUAAGUCACAUUGACCAUUAAAAAGGCUUGUGAAACGGACGCGAAACUCGUAAAAUGUGUUAUUCGAAGAAUUUUAUCCCAAAAUAGGUAAAACAAAGAGUUUUUGAAGUAAAGGACCGGGAUUUCGAUUUUUGAGGGAUUGAAAAGUCAAAAAAUGGCAGUAUCCUUUAAAAAAGAGCCAGAAAAAUAUUUUUCAAGAACCUGAUUUUUUUCAAUUUAACACUAAAGUGGUCAGGUUUUGAAAAAGAGCAAAGAUUAAUUCAUUUAGAUGGCUGAGCAAGAUUAAACUUGAUUAUUUAGAGAAAAUAGAGCUCUCGGAGCAUUUUUUUAAGAGACCAUUAUUUUUAAACCAUUGAAUUUUCUUUCUAACUGAACUUUUUUGCAGAAAAAUACAUUUUUCUGCUUCCCUAAAAGAGGAAGUCUCGUAAGGAAAGCAAGGAUUUUAGUCUGAAAUUUUGGGGUUAUAGCAAAAGCUUCCAAAGAAAAAUGUAGCAGAGGCUUAUUUUUGUAUUUAAUGCAAGAUUGUUCUUCUUUAAUCCUUUAAAAAUCAUGAGAAUUUCAGCCGGAAGCCCAAGGAGCCAAGCCGUCGUUGGUAGACAUGCUCAAUGGAUGGAAGCCGCAGAAACGGAUGGUCGCCUGGCAGCCGAUGAAGCGUUCCUUCGACUACGAUCACGCUCCCCGUUCGUUUUAUCUUCUUUUUUCGUUGUAAGGUUAUUAAAAUUGGAAAAACCGCUCUUUUUGAAUAUUUUUGUGCUGUAGACAAAGCUGCCGACAGACCGGGUGACCCAUGGAAAAAUUUGAAAAAAUGCAUUUUUAAUGACCAAUAUAAGGUUUUUACGUCAUAGUGGCCACUAUAGUAGUCAAAUUAGUGGCCACUUGAGGGGUUAAAAAUUAGUGGCCACUAUAGAGGUCUAAGUGCUACUAAUAGACCACUAAAAAUUUUGGUGGCCACUUUAGGGAUCAACAUAACUGGUCCAAUCUGUUUGUUUUAAAGUUAUCAGAGUCGCUGGAAGGAAUACUGGAUGAAAAAAUACUGAAGUGGCCACAAAAACGGAAAAUAGGGACCACUUUAGUGUCCUCUCCAAGUAGUCCUUGGCGAGCCUCUAUAGUGGCCACUAAAAAUUUUGCCACUAGUUCGACCCGUCUCAGCAGUGUCUUUGGCCAUGUUCAGCUACUUCAAAGUCUUAUUUUCCAUUUUAUUUAUCAGUUUUAUUUCUUUUCCCCUACUCAACUCAGAACGGUCCUAAAAAGGUUAAUAAUACAUACAUCAACUUAGAAAUUUAUAAGAUAACGAAUAGAACUAAUCACGGACCCAUUCGUUCAGUUUGAGCUGGUUUGGAGGAAAAUUCGAUUAAUUUUUUAAAAAUUGAAGCUUCGAAAUAAAGCUGGAGGAGACCUAUGACAUUUUAUGGGUACAACACACAUUUUUUUCCAGAAAUGAAUCAUAAAAAUUGGUAUUUUCAAGUUUUUAGAAGUUUUAGAGUCUACAAAGUGAUUUGAGCCUUUUUCCUUUUUUUUUUCGCUAUCGAUUUCAACUUUUUUAAAUUUUUUUAGAGCCCCGAAAAAUUUAUUAACGUUAGAAAAGAGCCUCAGAAUUAAGGUAUAAAGUUUUUUUUUUCGAAGAAAGUCCAACAAUGUACUCAUUUAGACCCAAGCUUGUCGAAAAUUCGAAAAAAAAAGUUGAUUUUUUGAUUUUUCAAAAAAAGUCUUGACACGAUCUAAAUGGAGGUUACUGUAGUUUGAAAUUUUUACUGAUAAACUAGCGUUAUUUGAACAAUCAACCUAAAUUUCCCGUCUUUUUUUGAAUUUUUCAAAUCGAAUUAAAGUAAUAAAUAUUUCAAAUACUUCCAAUUCCUCCCUGUUGAAAUUGUGACGAGAUUAACUCUUAUCGAUUGAUUCGAACUGAUAACGACGUCAGGAACACCCUUAUUCUGGCAUAAUCUUACAUUUUUCGAGCGGAACAACAUUUUGAAUGACGAUGAAAAUUUUGUGAUUUCUUAUUUUGGAACGGAUUUUUUUUAAAACGUCUUUUUUUUCAAAUGAAAGUUGAGCGGAAAAACAUGUUUUUUUACAUAAAUUGAAUCAAGUAUGACGAUUGUUUAACAAAAAAAAGCUGGAUUUCGAAAUUGUGAGAAAAAUUCUUGUCGCACUGUUUAUUUUCGAAACAUCAUCAUAACCUCGGCGACAAAAAAAGAAAUAAAAUGCGAUAAAAAGGAACUUGCAAUGACGACAGCAGAAAAAUCAAGCAUGAUAACGAAAUUUUGACGUCCAAACGGAGUUGUUUCACUUCUGGAACAGACAAAAAAAUGAUUUGGAACCGUUUUGAAAAAAAUUAUAUCAAGAAAAAGAGCUAUUUUGUGUUUUUUUCCUUUCAAAAUUCGCAAUUUUUUUAUAAAUAGAAAGUUUUUAAGACGAAAAGAACUUUGGUGACAAGAGUAAAAAUUGAAAUUUGAAAGAAACGAAGAAAAAAGCGAAAAUCCGAAAAAUGGCGAAGCGUGUUGUCUAUAGAGCAACUUUACUGCAACAAGCCCUUUUGGCCGGAAUUCCGGCCAAAUUAUUUUAUCAAAUUAUGAAUGAUUUUAUCUUCAAAAUUACCAAGUUUUUCACGUUUCCAUGUUCACCGUUCGACAGGCGAGAAAUUCCUCUACAAAACGGCAUAUUUUUCUCGAACCCCAUUUUUUACUGUCUUUUUUGCGAUUCUAAAUUUGAAGAAAUGAAAAAAAGAUGGAAAAAAAAUUUUAAGUUUAGACGACGGUUUCCAGAAAAAAUAUAUGCGAUUUUUCUAAAACUGCAAAUUCCUCAAUGAUUCCUUUUCAGUCGUCCAAGCCGUUGAAGCUCGCCUGGCGGAAGUUCUCCGAGCUGGAGAAGGUCUCGGCGUGGCUCCGGAAGAAGUUCUGCAAGACCUCCGCGCCCGCAACCAGUUCAACUGA